AUGAGCACAACCACCACCACCACCACCACCACAAACCUUCCUCAUCACGUCAAACCAAAACAAGCCUCACCAGAAUCAAAACCACCCACCUUCAAACUCUCCCAGAAAACAAUCUUACACAUCUUGAACUCAAAAUGCACCACUUCUCUACAAAACCUCAAGCAAGCACAUGGUGUUGUCCUAAGGUCAGGCCACUUCCAAGACCACUAUGUAGCAGGCACCAUACUAAAAUGCUAUGCAAGUUCAAACUUCAACAACUUUGGGUUUGCUUUGAAGGUGUUUGAUAAUGUGUGGAAGCCAAAUGUGUUUGUAUGGAACAUUAUGAUCAAAGGGUGUGUGGAGAACUAUGAGGCACUGAAAUCUAUUUCAUUUUAUUAUAAGAUGGUGGAUAUGAACUCCAGGCCUAAUAAGUUCACCUAUCCUAUGUUGUUCAAGGCCUGCAGAUUAGUUCAAGCAGUGGAGGAAGGUCUGCAGAUUCAUGCACACGUGGUGAAGCAACAACUUAGUGAAGAUGGGCACAUAAGAAGUGCCGGGAUUCAAAUGUAUGCGUCUUUCGGGCUUGUGGAGGAGGCAAGGAGGAUACUGCUAGAGGACGCGGCGUCUGAUGUUGUUUGUUGGAAUGCAAUGAUUGAUGGGUACAUAAAGUGUGGGGAUGUGGAAGCAGCUAAGGAGUUGUUUGAGCAUAUGCCAAGUAAGAAUGUUGGGUCUUGGAAUGCAAUGGUGAGUGGUUUCGCUAGGUGUGGGAGGUUGAAAGAUGCAAGGGGGCUGUUUGAUUCAAUGACCGAGAGAGAUGAGAUUUCGUGGAGUGCUAUGAUUGAUGGAUAUGUGCAGGGAGGGUACCACAAGGAGGCAUUGGAAGUUUUCAAUGAGAUGCAAAAGGAGAAGAUUGCUAGUCCUAGUAAGUUUGUAUUGUCGAGUGUGUUAGCUGCUUGUGCUAAUGUGGGAGCACUUGAUCAAGGAAAGUGGGUUCAUGGUUAUAUUAAGAAGAACUCAAUUCAGGUGGAUGCAGUGCUGGGGACUGCUUUAGUUGAUAUGUAUGCCAAAUGUGGGAGGCUUGACAUGGCAUGGGAAGUGUUUGAAAAUGUAAAACGGAAAGAGGUUUCGACAUGGAAUGCCAUGAUUGGUGGGCUUGCUAUGCACGGCCGAGCAGAUGAUGCAUUGGAUGUUUUCUUCAAGAUGCAAGGGAAGAACUUGGAACCAAAUGGGAUUACAUUUCUGAAUGCUCUAAGUGCCUGUGCUCAUGGGGAGUUUGUUGAUGAAGGUCUUACAAUUUUCAGUUCUAUGAAGGAAAUGUAUGGUAUGGAGGCUGAGGUAGAGCACUAUGGUUGCGUUGUUGAUAUGUUUGGAAGGGCAGGACUUUUGGAAGAGGCAGAGCAGGUUAUAAAUUCAAUGCCAAUUGAACCUAGUGCAGCUGUUUAUGGUGCCCUGUUGGGAGCUUGCAGGAUACAUGGAAAUGUUGAAAUGGGUGAGAGAGUGGGGAGGAUUUUGCUUGAAUUGGAACCACAAAAUGGUGGACGCUACGCAUUGUUAUCUAACAUCUAUGCAGAGGCAGGUAUGUGGGAUGAUGUUGCAGAGGUAAGAAAAUUGAUGAAGGAAAGGGGAGUGAAAACAAAUCCUGGAAUCAGCAUGGUUGAUAUUGGUGGCAAAGUGCAUGAAUUCAAAAUGGGAGAAGGGUCACACCCACAAAUGAAGGAGGUCUACUUGAUGCUUGAGAAGAUCAUAGAAAAGCUGGAGAUGGAGGGUUAUUCACCGAAUACCUCUGAAGUUUUGUUCGACAUUGCAGAGGAGGAGAAGGAAACAGCACUACGAUACCACAGUGAGAAGCUUGCAAUUGCUUUCGGAGUACUCAAAACGAAACCAGGAACAACCAUCCGUGUUGUGAAGAACUUGAGGAUUUGUGAGGACUGUCAUUCUGCCAUAAAGCUGUUUUCACAAUUAGACAACCGGGAUAUAAUAGUGAGGGACCGUAUGCGCUAUCAUCAUUUCAGAAAUGGAAGAUGUUCGUGCAAGGAUUUUUGGUAA